AGCUGUGAGCAGAUGUUGAUUGGAUUUUCGCGGGAAACCACAACAAAAUUCUGCCAAAUGACAUAAGAACGUCAUGAGUACACAAUAUUUGAACUUUCCAAUCGACUAAAGAGCCAUACACUCUUGAAAUAACCGCUCGGUUACUGAAUUCAAUGAUUCACAAUGCACUCCGAAGCUGAUUCAACCGUCGAAGUGAAAAUGGAAAUUCAAAACGAACUGUCAACAAUCAACACUGUUGUUUUAAAAAUAAAACAGGAGCUCCAUGAGAUUAAUGAUAUUGUGCAAAGCAAUGGAUUAUUGGAUACAACUCUCAAGAAUGCCUUAGGCUCUUUGACCAUUUUGGCUCAAGAAGCAGGUGUUAGUGUAGAAGAAAUGACGAAUACAGGGGAGCAGAAUCCACUUACAAAUGCACUCUCUAGAAUCUCAACAGGGUAUAUAACUGAAAAACUUAAGUCAUUAUCACAUUAACAAUUUUGGUCAAGUACUAGAGAACACAGGGUACGCCAUACAGUACAGUCAAUCAUACUGUUAAUUUAUUGCUAAUGGAUUUACUAAUUGAACUGAUGAUUGCAUCUGAAAUAUGCUUUUCUCAUACCACCUAAGACUUAGGUUACAGAUAAUCAUGGAUGUACCCACUAAUUAUGCUUGAAAUCACUAAGGAUCUUAUGAAAAGUCAGCUCUUGUUUUUAACAUUCGCAGGGUAGUCUUAAAGACUGUAGUGACGACUAAAUAAUGCGAUCCUGAAUGGUGAAUCGUUGAACCGUAUUUUUUUGAGCUCUUAUUGUUAGACAUGUGUUUGUUCCUCCUCGUGUGGCUUCUAUACUAUAUUAUUAUAAGAAUCCAUAGUACCCGAAUUAAUACUUCCAAAAGUAUUGUUACUGGUCUAAGACUGUUAAUUAAUCCUCCCAUACAACUUAUUACUGAGAUGAAGUCGUAACCAUUCAUGGUCAAGAUAAUAUUACAUUGCGACAAAAGCAUUUGUGAGUAUAGAUGGAAUAGUCAAUUAUAUUGGUUAGCAAAUAGAUUACAAUUUUUCUCUCGUUCUCAUUACCUGUCCACCAGUGUUAUACAUUUUUGCUAAUGAUUAUAGUGUAACUUAUCUUUGUUCC